AUUUAGUCUAGUUCUCAAUUGAACGAUUAAAGUUAACUAAUUAUUAUUAAGUGCAAUCCUCCCUCGUACAAUUCGAAUAUUACCGAUCUUAUCGCAGAUACAAAACAUUAUUCACCUGGUUUUAUUUCACAUUUUAGUUCUAACAGAGACGUGUCGAAUGUUUAAAAAGUGAACAAACUUAGUAUAAGGUGUGUUUCUGACGAAGUGCUUAAUAAUUGAGCAAACAAAAUGUGUAAUAAAUGAUAGAUACUCGUUUGUCAGUAUUUCGUUGGUGAUGUUUGCCCAGUUAUCGAUUUAUUCUGCUAUGUAAUGAAUAAUGGAUACAUGGUUUCGCGCUGUUGCAAAUAAUUGAAACAAGGACCCAGCAUGUAGCUGAGAUGGACUGUGACAAUGAGAAUUUUUAGAAAUUUGAAAUUUUUGGCUAUUUCAUUUAUUGCAUUGUAUCAGAUAGUAGAGUCGCAAGACAUUGCUGAUGACAGAAAAUAUGGGUGUACAUGGCACGGAGGAUCAAUGGCAAAGUUAUCUUGCAAUUGCGAAAACGGAGCAGAGAUGACAAUCAAAGCAGACUCCAUUAACUCCUUUUCGACUUCAGAAAUCUUAAUCAAUGGAUGUAAGUCAGUUAAAAUGGAAGCAAAUGCUGUAGCAGACAUGCGAAACUUAAGGGCAUUAUCUUUAAGUAAAAUUGGUAACAUUCAACUGGAUACAGACAGUAUUAACUGGUAUGGAUACAAAGAAAACAGCGGACAAAUAGAAGAAGAACGGUUCGACAUCACUGUCCCUUCUCUAAAAGUUAACGUUUAUAAGAGUAACAUAUCCCAAAUUCAAAGUCAUGCUUUCGCAGGUAGAAUUAGUGAAAUAACUUUUGAAGAUGUGAAUGUUGAACGUUUAGAUCCCUUGGCGUUCGUUAACUUACUACAGACUGAAAAAAUAUCAAUAAGGGAUUCAGUUUUGAGGAACGUAGGUGUACAAGGUUUUAAAAAGUUUUCGACGGAAUACGUAGAGCUAAUCAAUGUUCAUGCUGAUCUAGUACCAAGUAGAGCGUUUUCCAAUAUCACCGUAUACCAAAAUUUUACCAUAGAAAAUUGUACCUUUGAUACAGUUUAUCCGGGAGGAUUUACUGUAUACAACCCUUUAGUGUUUCAAGUGACAAAUACUAACGUCAAAGAUUUAAAUGGAGAAGCAUUCAAAGUUAUAUCAAGAGGCAGAGUUAUUUUCCGAAACAACAACUUUACACAUAUGGAUGAUGGUGCUCUCAGAGGAAUAACUUUUAGAAAAGAUAUGCUGUUAGGUGAAUCCUUAUUCGCUUUUGAUUCUAACAGAUUAGGCAAACUCAGCAGUGGAGCACUGAGUGUGUCAGAGCCCAAUGUACAAUUCAAAAAUAUUUACCUGGGAGACUGUGAUUGUUCAGAUACCGAUCAAAAAAUUAAAGACAGUUCAUAUUACGAAGACUUACAGUGCAGGUCUAAUAAUGAAUUUAUGACAGUUAAGUAUUUUAAAGCUCACAUGUGCUCAGUAGCUAGCAAUUAUUACAUUAUAAUAAUUAUAGUUUGUGUUGUUGGAACAUUAGUGAUAGCCUUAAUUUCAGGCUUAGUAUUGUAUUAUAAAUUUGUGUAUAGAGUACGCAAAUAUGGAGACAAAAAGAGUGAAAAGAAAGGAAAUCUAAGUCUUAUAGUUCCAGAUGGUAGGACGUAUAGAGAGACUGAAUUACAUGUUAUAGUAGAAAGAACUGAUCUCCUUACAACUGAUUUGUAAAUAGAUGUACCAAAUUAUUUAAUUGUAAACUAAAAUAUUUAUUAAAAAUAUUUAAGUUCAA